AUGGGCAUUCGCGCGUCUUUGAUUCCAUCGUCCGCUCUUGUGUCUGCUUCUCCUCCUCCUCGACGUUCCUUCCCCCUCCUUUCCUCCCUCCCAUCGACGACCUCGCCGUCGACAACGGGUCGGAUGGCAGCCGUCGCAGUCACUCCCCGUCCGCAGCAUCCGUUUCCCCGCCCUGUCUGGACACACGACCCGCAACCCUCCGCGUCCCUCCAACCAACAGCACACAUGAUGACACCCUCCCAUCUCCCGCGGGCCCUCGACAACCCCAUGGACGUAUUUACAGCCUCUGCACCGGCGCGUAUGGCCAAUCGUGCGAAACGAACGCGUGACGAUACUCGCUCGGAUGCAGCUCAACCUCCUGCACCGAAACGGACGUGCGCAUCCCCAAGCAAGCGACUGGCGAAACAGUCAUCGAAGACCGAGAAGGACAAGCUCGAGCGGAGAGAGAAGCGCAUGAAGUACGAAGCACAGGAAAGGGAGUUUAGGGAAAAGUACUCGGCUGCGUUUCCUAAGUGGACCUUCCAUUUCGACUCCUUGGAUACUGCAACCGCCUCCAUGUUGACACAACGGGUUACCCAGUUGGGAGCGCGUGUUGAUACGUUCUUCUCCAAGAAGGUUUCCCACGUUAUCAGCACACGUCCUGUCUUACCGGAUGCCAAGGCUGCCAAAGGGACCGCUGGCAGGGAAGGUACACCUCAAGCUGUUGCCAAACGCGAAGUCGAUAAGGAGAACGUCGCUCCCAGAUCGUCUCAACCAGGUCAGCGACUGUCUCAGGCACAGUCUACACAACAGUGGAAGAACGCCGCUCGUCCUGCCCUUGCACCUCUUGGUCGUAGGGACGGUAACCUGCUCUUUGAGGACUCUAUGCCAGUGAAGAAUGACCUCCUCUCCAAAGCAAUCCACUUUGGCAUGAAGGUGUGGAGUGUUGAGAAGCUUACUUCUGUCCUGGACCGCAUACAGUUACCCGUUUCGCCUGUGGCCCACACCCCAAAUCUCUCACAUCUUCUUGCCGACGAACGACUCCACGGCACACGCGAACGCGACCCCAACGCCCUCCGUCCCGAUUACACCUAUUUCCAACGCGGUUCUUACUUUGUUCUCAUCGAAGACAUGUCUGGCGAACACUGUCCCAUCAUGAUCAAGCAGUAUGAUCGCCCCGCCAAAGGUGAAAGAGCUCCAUGGCCUUGCUUAUAUGCGGAUAAGAACGCCUCUGGACCGUUCAGCCCCGGUUAUGAAGAGUCGACAAGCGAGGAGAAGCCUCUCGCUAGGCUUAGUCCCGAGAUAUCUGCUGUUCCUCCCCCAGUUGCGACAUCACUCUUGCCCCCAGCUCAAAUCCAGAAGUCCAAGAAGUCCGCUGAUCUUCGCAGAGUUCUUUCCAUGAAUAAUGUCAAGCGAUUAGCUGGUCAGCAUGCUAUCCCUGACGCAAGCAUAGCCGUACAGGCGUCGCAUGACAGGCCGGGCGCAUAUAUGGCGGCUUCAGGAAACAGCGUCAGUGUCACGUCUGCUGUUGCGACAUCUACUCGGUCAGCUUCGGGAACUACUCUGCCUGGCGGCCUUGGUCAUGCUGCUGCCAAUAAGCAGCUGCAGGAUAGGCUGCGCCAACAAGUUCUCACCAACCGUCUUGCCGCCGCUACCAACGGUGCCCCGGCUUUGCGCAAGAGUAAGAGCACGAACACGCUCAAGUUGCCUAUGCGGGAAGAGACCAAGAAACCGGGCUACUGUGAGAACUGCCGCAUCAAGUUCGCGGACUUCUCCCAGCAUGUGAAGAGCAAGAAGCAUCGUACAUUCGCGACCACAGAUGACAACUUUGUCCAGCUUGAUGAAGUGCUUGAGCGCCUCAUCCGGCCCAAGGCAGAUGAGAAGCUGGACAUUGUCGAGUUGCCCGCCCAGGAAGAGGAGUACGAACAAGACAGCAAUGUGCUGGACGAAGAAGCAGACGUCAGCGGUGAUUUGGGUCUGGACGAUGGCGAGGAAGGGACUGAGGAGCACGACGAGUCCAUGCUGGGCUGGAGUGCGACCGCCACGGCGGUUCCCUCACAGGCAGCUGAGUUCAUCUGA